AUGUCUUCUGCCAGCAGUCUGUUAUCUGAAGAUCAGUUUCUGUGCUCCAUCUGUCUGGAUGUGUUCACUCAUCCAGUCACCAUACCAUGUGGACACAACUUCUGCAAGAACUGCAUCACACAACACUGGAAUACGCAUGUCCAAAAUGAUUGUCCCCUGUGUCAAAAGGUUUUUAAUACAAGACCUGAACUGUACAUCAACACAUUCAUAUCUGAGAUGGCUGAUCAGUUCAGACAGUCAGCUGUAAAGAAAAGCAGCAGCUGCUCAGAGCAACAAUGGGCCAACACAGGAGAUGUUCUCUGUGAAGUCUGCACUGAAACCAAACUGAAGGCUGUGAAGUCCUGCCUGGUGUGUCUGACCUCCUACUGUGAGACUCACCUGGAGCCUCAUCAGAGAAUCUCAGGACUGAAAAGACACAAGCUGAUUGAUCCUGUGAAGAACCUGGAAGACAGAAUGUGUAAAAAGCAUGAUCGACCUCUGGAGCUGUUCUGUAAGACUGAUCAGAUGUGUGUGUGUCAGUUCUGCACUGAAUCAGAUCACAAGUCACAUGUCUAUGGUCCUGUGAUAGAAGAAUAUGAAGAGAAGAAGGCUGAGCUAAAGAAAACGGGGGCUGAAAUUCAGCAGAUGAUCCAGAAGAGACGACUGAAGAUUCAGCAGAUUAAGGAGUCAGUGAAGCUCAGCAAUGAAGAAGCAGACAGAGAGACAGCAGACAGUGUGCAGGUCUUCACUGCUCUGAUAAAGUCUGUUAAGAGAAGUCUGGCUCAGCUCAUUGAGAUGAUUGAAGAGAAGCAGAAAAGAACAGAGAAACAGGCUGAAGGCUUCAUUAAAGAACUGGAGGACGAAAUAUCUGAGCUGAUGAAGAGAAGUGCUGAAGUGAAGAAGCUCUCACACACUGAAGACCACCUCAAGUUCCUCCAAAGCUCCUCAUCCCUGAGCCCUGCUCCACCCACCAAAGACUGGACAGAGUUGAGGCCUCAGAAGGUGGGGGUGUUUGUGGAUUAUGAAGAGGGUGUGGUCUCCUUUUAUGAUGUAGAUGCUGCAACUCAUAUAUACUCUUUUACUGACUGUGAGUUUACUGAUAAACUCCAUCCAUUCUUUUGCCCCCGUAAUAAUAAUGGUGGUAGAAACUCAGCCCCUCUGAUCAUCUCUCCUGUCAGUCACACUGAUUAGACUUGUGCUGUGAUCCUUUGGACAAAUGAACAGUGAUGAUGGACAAUAUCAUUUCAUUUACGUUACAGAGUCUGGUGAAUGUGGGUAUUUCUUGAUUUCAUUUUAUAUUCAGAUAUUUUAAAUUUCUGAUAUACUUCUGAUGUAUCCUAUUACUGCUUUAACAUAUAUUAAUGUAAUGUAAUCACUUUACAAUUUU